UACCUAGAAAUAGGUUUAUCGUCAACGGAAAGGACUCGGUGUUAAACACUGCCUCGAAGCUAUUCGACAACCUACCGAACAAUUGGAAGUGUACACUAACGACUCGUUUUAGGAACAUUGCCAGUGGGGAUAUAAAUUUCUUGUGCAAGACCUGCCUAAAACUUCUUGAGAAAAGAGACAGAAUUUUAUCAAAUUUAACAGAAGUUGAGAACAAGAUCCAAGGACAUUUUUCCACCAAGAGAUCAAGUGAAACCGAUCUUGCGUCUUCAUCAAAGUUUAUCGCACUCAGCGACGAUGAGGAAGCGUGCAUACCUAUUCACACAUUACAACCCAAAGCACACAA